GGAAGAGGGGGACAGAAAAAAGCAUUCGUAGCGCCAACUGAACGCACCCACGGGGAGGCAGAAUUCCGGUGCGGAGUCCAUAUGGAUGGCAUACGAAUAUGGCCGCCUUGAUUCCGAGAUAUACUCUGCAAGCAGCAAAGAAGCAGACGGCAUGCAUCGCUGCCGCUGCGGUACAGACGAGCCACUACUCGUCGCAGCCACGAGUCAUACAACAUCCUACUACCGCUUCUUUGAAACGAGGUACGGGUGGCCGUAGUUCCUUCAACGGGAUUGUGUGUACGGUGUUUGGAGCGAGCGGAUAUGUUGGACGCUACGUGUGCAACCGCCUUGGAAAGAUUGGCAGCCAGUUGAUACUACCGUAUAGAUGCGAUAUGUACGACAUGUUGCCGCUGAAACUUUGUGGAGACCUUGGACAAGUUUUAUUUCAUCCAUUUCACUUGCGAGAUGAAAAUUCGAUAAGAGAGUGCAUAAAGUAUUCCAAUGUUGUCAUCAAUUUGAUUGGACGAGAUUGGGAAACAAAGAACUUUACGUUUCGUGAAGUACAUGUCGAAGGAGCGAGAAGACUGGCCAGACUAUGUAAGGAAGCUAAUGUUGGACAUUUUAUUCAUGUGUCGGCCUUAAACGCGGGUGAUAAGUUAACGCCACACGUAUUAGAAAACGGUUCUGAAUUUCUUCGUACAAAGUGGGAAGGUGAGCGCGCAGUUCGUGAAGAAUUUCCUGAAGCUACAAUUGUUCGACCAUCGAAUAUAUGGAGUCAGGAGGAUCGAUUUAUUAGUGUCUUCUCUAGUAUGCUAAGACAUCACUUAAUGGGAGGUCUGCCACUGUGGGAAAAGGGUGAAAAGACGGAAAAGCAACCAGUAGCUGUGUACGAUGUUGUUGGAGGUAUAGCGGCUAUCGCAAGAAAUCCAAAAGCUACCGCGGGCAAAACUUAUCAAUUUGUCGGGCCCAAUCGUUACAAAUUGUCUGUGUUAGUCGAUUGGUUUCAUAACGUACGGAUGCACAACAAUCCGGAGGAGUACAACUAUCGGAGACUGGACUUGAAAUAUACUCCGUUUUUCAAACUUAAGGUUGCUCUGAUUGAAGCUAUAUCUCCCGCAUACCCAAUAGGAUACCUACACUGGGAGCUUCUGGAAAGAGAAGCUAUAAGCGAUGUGGUCUCGAGGGAACUGCCAACUCUGGAAGAUCUUGGUAUCAAGCUGACGACGCUAGAAUCCCGAAUAAAAUGGGAGUUGACGCCAUUCAAAAAAGAUCCCCAAUAUACCGAGAGUGUUGGAGAAUUCGAUCCUGUUCCGGAUCCACCAACGAUUCCAAUUCAUUAACAGCCCUAAUAUGUUAGAUUAAAUAUAGAAUAUGUACUCUUACUCUAUGUAAAUGAUACUGUAAAGAGUAUGUUGUUAAUUAAAUAUCGCGAUCACACAAAUAUACAUAUUAAAUUAUUUAAAUGUUUAUAGCUUCACUAUAUUAUUACUUCAUAAAUUCUAUCAUUUUUUCGGUACUACUAGUAAUCAAUUUCUUGAAUUUUCCACUUGUAAUAACUUAAUCGAAUCAAUCGAUGUAAAAGACAAAUGAAGAAAUUUUAUGGAAGAACUCCAUGAAAAACGUUAUUGUUCAACGUUAUGAGAAUUGGGGAAAUCCUCUGAAAUAUUUAAGAGACUUAUACGUGCAAUUUGUUAGAACAUCAUAAAAUUACUCUCUUAUCUUAAAAAUGUAUCUCAUCAUAAGACGUGUGUCAAUUAUUCAUUGCAUUUAUUAUGCGACAGAACGUUCUAGCUACAAUAAAGAUUACAGUUUUC